CUUCCGGCCGGCUAGCCGCCCGCUCCACCUGUUCUCAGUGUCUCGUUUGCCUGGUGUGGGGGUCUGUUCUCGCCGCGUGGUCGUUUCGUCGCUCGAGGGGUGCUUCCCCCGCUUGCUGUCGGGUAGUUAGCGACCUGACGUGCUACGGGGAGAAGGCCUGAGCCGACCCGGGGGUCCUCGCGCGUGCAGCUUGGCAGCCUGGCGGCCCGGCGCCCUCCCCUGCUCCCAGCCCGCACGGAGGCCACCGACUCCUCUUCGGACGAAGGUGGCCUCCGAGGGCAAGUGGUCCGGGCCCAGCGCUUUCGGUUCUCGGAGGGGCCGGGUCUGGGAGAUGAGGGGGGCGCCAUACUGGAGGUGUGCGUCCCGCAGGUCCUGCAUCUUCAAUAUGGAAUGUAUGUUUGGCCCUGUGCUGUGGUCCUGGCCCAGUACUUGUGGUUUCACAGAGGAUCUCUGCCAGGCAAGGCUGUCUUAGAGAUUGGUGCUGGAGUGAGCCUUCCAGGAAUUGUGGCUGCAAAAUGUGGUGCUGAAGUUACACUGUCAGACAGUUCAGAGUUGCCUCACUGCCUAGAAAUCUGUCGGCAAAGCUGCCAAAUGAAUAAUCUGCCUCAAGUCCAUGUUGUAGGACUCACCUGGGGUCAUGUAUCUCGGGAUCUUCUGGCUCUACCACCACAAGACAUUAUUCUUGCAUCUGAUGUAUUCUUUGAACCAGAAGACUUUGAGGACAUUCUAACUACAGUUUACUUUUUGAUGCAGAAGAACCCCAAAGUGAAAUUGUGGUCUACUUACCAGGUAAGAAGUGCUGACUGGUCACUUGAAGCGCUGCUCUACAAGUGGGACAUGAAAUGUGUCCAUAUUCCUCUGGAGUCUUUUGGUGCAGACAAAGAAGAUAUAGCAGAAUCUGCCCUUCCAGGAAGACAUACUGUUGAAAUGCUGGUCAUCUCCUUUGCAAAGGACAAUCUGAAUUACACCUAAAAACUGUUUCGGGACAAUGUCAAUACUGCUUAGAAACCUGGCAAGCCAACUAUGUGACUCAGACCACUUCAGCUUCUUGAGUACAGUGGGUUUGAAGAUGGUCAGAUCUGCUGGCUUUACACUGAUGGGUCACAUAACCAUUAAGACAAAAAAUUAUAACUAUAAUAAAAAGGACCUGGAUU